AUGCCCCGCGCGAACGCAGAUCGAACCAGUUUAUUUUCAAAGGUAAACAAAGAAAGUCGCACUUAGAGCACAUCUUCAGUUCAGACCGGGCUUACAGCCAGAGAAAUGGAAUCGUUAAAUAUAAAACCGUUAAGUAAGGACAUAGAGUGGUCUCCGGAAGCGUCGCAGGGCGUGGGGGCCACAGGGGUCGCGGGCCGCGAACCGGCCCCGACUGAUUUGGCCUCCACCUCGAGCGAGGAGCGCGCCAUCCGCCGCGUUAUGGGCCGCUGGGGCGCCGAGUGGUUGAGCUGACUCGGCUCCGGUCUUCCUAAACCCGGUCCCCAGUGGCCGGCGGACCACCCCCUGCCACCUCCGCGGUGGGGGGCCCCGCGCCCGGCUCUGCGCCUCUCCUUGCAGCAGUACGAGGAUCUGGUCGCAAAAGCCGAGGCGAUAUUGAGCCGUUUAGUAGUCUCCGAAAACUAUGAUUCCGUCAACAACUUCCUUACAUUGUACGACUCGUACAUGGCUUCAUCGGAUGAAACUCUAGAAGAGUUCUUCCCGAAGUACAAUCCGCCUAUUAGGGCUCACAAGCACACCUGUGUUGGUCUAGGAAUGGAAGUGAUGAAACGUCUUAAGGUAUUGGAGAAAGAUUUCCCUGGCAACUACGUGGAGUGGCACGAGCGGGAGACCAGGAGCAGCGUGCUGAAGGAGCGCCUGUCUCUGGUGUACGUCGCCAGAGCAUAUCUUACAGCGGUUGCCGUUACUGAGAAGAGAAAUUUGGUGUGGGACUUAAGGAGUCUGCUGGCCAGGGACCCUAAAGGUCGUCUGUCCGCUGGUAUCUACUUCCCUCUGAAGUUAAAAGACCAGCAGUUCACAAUGUUCUUCGACAACAACAACGGCAAGCAGAGGAAGAAAUUGAAGUUUGAUACAUUUUUGGAAUUGCAGAAGAUACCGGACGAGGUGGUGGAUGAAGUGGAACAGUGCAACGAUCAGCUCCGUCUGAGGGAUGGCGAGCUGCUCUCCGUCCUGAAGAAGUUGGCCACCAUCAUGGCUGACCAGGAAUACAUGGCAGAACUGUUACAAGUCAAUGACAGGAUCGUCCAACUCUCUGCUGGCAACUAACAAAAAGAAUAAAAACGGGGAUAUUUACUCUAUGAUCUAUUUAUAAUCUAUGUCAUUUAAUAAUCUGUUACUUAAAAAAAUACAUUAAACUGAGGGGUAUUUUGUAGCCUAGAACUUAUAACACUAAAUAAGUGGUACAAAUUGUAUGACGGAUUCAUAGUGAACUUAGUGCCUUCAAGAAUUAGUAUUUUUGCACAUGUUUAGAGUUUUUUCAUAUAUUUCAUAGAUAAAAUGUAGUAUUUUGUGAAACGGCUCUUUAGGGGAAAUAAAAAAAAUUAAAACCUA